GUUGUUCUCUCAGUAGGCAAUAGCGAGUUUUUUUUUUUUUUUUCUUUUAACUCUUGAUCGAAUAAUCUAUCAACUCAACUGUUUCCAAAAUGACUGGAUCUUGUUUUUAGCCCCUUAAACUUUCACAGCUUUCCGAUAAAACGACAAACCCAAGUUUAACCCUAAAAUUAACUCCUCCUUUGCUCCUUUUUUCCGCUCGUGGACCUCAGAGAACUCCCUCACCGUCAAUCGCCGUCUUCCCAAAAGGAAAACAUAAAAAAUCUCGGCCACCGCUGGUGCUGCCGCCAUUGGAGUUUUCUUUGACGGCCGCUUCCUCGAAAUUUCUCCUGCAAACAUCUUCACUUACCUGAAGAUGGUGUUGUAGACACGGUCAAUUUGUCUUUCAAUUCAACACCUCCAAGGCCUUAAACAAUUCAUAAGCAGUUGCUUUGCUGAAGUGCACUUUUCUGCAAUGGAGGGGGUGGCAUGUGCUUCCUUUACGAGCUCCGCGUCAAAAUCAUUGUCAUUUUCUUCUCUUUCGCAAUCUUCUAUCAUAACACUCCGCCAAAACUAUCACAACAAUACUCUAAAAUCAAAAUCUCCUAGAAAACUUGUAAUCCGCGCUUCAUCUGGUUCCAGUUCUGGUUCGGUUGUGACGUUGCUUGAUUAUGGAGCUGGAAAUGUUAGGAGUGUAAGGAAUGCGAUUCGAUAUCUUGGCUACGAGAUAGAGGAUGUGCGAACUCCAAAAGACAUUUUGAACGCAGACCGCCUUAUCUUUCCUGGUGUCGGGGCAUUUGCUUCUGCCAUGGAUGUAUUGACCAAGACCGGGAUGGCUGAAGCACUAUGUGCCUAUAUAGAAAACGAUCGCCCAUUUCUAGGCAUUUGUCUUGGACUUCAACUACUUUUUGAGUCUAGUGAAGAGAAUGGACCAGUGAAUGGCCUCGGCUUGAUCCCUGGUGUGGUUGGGCGGUUUAACUCUUUGAAUGGUUUUAGAGUGCCCCAUAUUGGCUGGAACGCCUUGCAAAUUGCAAAAGACUCUGAAAUUUUGGACGACAUUGGAGAUCGCCAUGUCUACUUUGUUCACUCUUAUCGUGCCAUGCCGUCCAAUGAUAAUAAAGAAUGGGUUUCAUCUACAUGCAAUUACGGUGAUGAUUUUAUAGCAUCUAUUAGAAGGGGAAAUGUGCAUGCAGUUCAGUUCCAUCCAGAGAAGAGUGGAGAUGUUGGUCUUUCUGUAUUGAGAAGGUUCCUAAAUCCUAAAUCACAAGGUUCAAAGAAGCCUACUCAGGGGAAAGCUUCAAAACUUGCUAAGAGGGUGAUCGCUUGUCUUGAUGUUAGAACAAAUGAUAAAGGGGAUCUUGUUGUAACUAAAGGAGACCAGUAUGAUGUAAGAGAGCAGACAAAAGAGAAUGAGGUGAGAAACCUUGGUAAGCCAGUAGAGCUUGCUGGACAGUAUUACAAAGAUGGGGCCGAUGAGGUCAGCUUUUUGAACAUUACUGGAUUCCGUGAUUUCCCAUUAGGCGAUUUACCAAUGUUGCAGGUAUUAAGGCACACAUCAGAAAAUGUUUUUGUCCCGCUAACAGUUGGAGGUGGUAUACGGGAUUUUACUGAUGCAAAUGGCAGGUACUAUUCUAGUUUGGAAGUUGCUUCAGAGUAUUUUAGGUCCGGGGCUGAUAAAAUAUCAAUUGGAAGUGAUGCAGUUUAUGCAGCAGAAGAAUAUAUAAAAACCAAAGUAAAGACAGGGAAGAGCAGCUUAGAACAAAUUUCUAAAGUUUAUGGUAAUCAGGCAGUGGUUGUAAGCAUUGAUCCUCGUAGGGUGUAUGUUCAAGGUCCUAAUGAUGUGCAGUUCAAGACCAUACGGGUCCCAAAACCAGGUCCAAAUGGAGAAGAAUAUGCUUGGUAUCAGUGUACAGUUAAUGGUGGGCGAGAAGGGCGAUCAAUUGGAGCUUACGAGCUUGCGAAAGUUGUUGAAGAACUGGGAGCUGGAGAAAUACUGUUGAACUGCAUUGAUUGCGACGGUCAAGGAAAAGGGUUUGAUAUUGAUUUAAUAAAGCUGAUAUCUGAUGCUGUCAGCAUCCCUGUAAUUGCAAGUAGCGGUGCUGGUGCUGUUGAACACUUCUCAGAGGUAUUCAUGAAAACAAAUGCAUCAGCUGCUCUUGCUGCUGGCAUUUUCCAUCGGAAGGAGGUGCCCAUUCAGUCUGUAAAAGCACACUUGUUGAAGGAAGGCAUUGAAGUAAGGAUAUGACCAUGUUUCUUAUUGUGUCGAUUAGGACCUUGAAAUUUUGUUCCUAAACUCAGGAGUAAGUAAAGAUGUGCAAACUUCAAAUCUUACCUGUUUUGAAUGUUUUAUUGCAUCUUGCUGUUCUGGGAUUGAUUUCAAUUUUUUCUUUUUGGUGGCAAAUAUAUUUAUCAUGAGUUAGAAUGUUUGUGAGUGUGAACCAUUCCAUGGAUUGGUAAUUGUGAAUGCUAAUGUUAAACUAA